GAGGGUCGGAUGGACGAGGCUCGCCAAAUGUCGACUAACCAGUCGUGACCGGUAUAUAAGACCGGCUGACCGGUGCAGUGGACAUCAUUCAACCACUGCAGCUCGCAGAGUACACAUCCUCUCAACAGCCAACAUGAAGCUGCUUCUGAUUGCCGCCGUUGUGGCCGUGGCCGCUGCCGACCGGCCUGCCCCGAGGGCCUACUCUGCCCCGGCCCCGCCGUCCUACUCUGCCCCUGCUCCCCCGCAGUACGGACAGAAGGUCCCCCAGAUCCUCUCUCAGCAGUAUGACCUCAGCGACGACCAGUCCUACGACUCCAGCUUCGAGACUGAGAACGGCAUCUCUGCCUCCGAGUCUGGCAAGCCCGUGGCCGGCUACGGCAGCGAGCCCAGCUACGCUGUCCAGGGACAGUACAGCUACACCGACGACUACGGCAACACCUACACCGUCACCUACACGGCCGACGCCAACGGCUUCCAGCCGCAGGGUGCCCAUUUCCCGACGCCCGUGCCCACCGAGUACCCGACCCCGCAGGUGCCGGUGACCCAGGCCAGCUACCAGGCGGCCCCCGCCCCUAGCUACCAGGCGGCCCCCGUCCAGCCCCAGCCCCAGUACCAGGCCUACCAGCCCAGCUACCAGUAAUUUAGCUAAUCGUAUUUAUUCAUCAUCUUCACCGCAUUCUAAGCCCGAAGAAUACGCUUAUGAGUCCAUGUAUUUAUUGUGAUAUUGUUGUAAUUCGUACAUGAAGUUCCAGUGUUUGUCCCAUGUCCACACAAUACAUGUGAACUGCAAUGAA